AUGGCGUCCCCCGGCACCCAAACAGCGAAUGCCAUCGCUGCCAUCACUAAUCGUUCCAACCUUGUCAUCCCAGAGAUAGACUUUACCCAGCACCAGCUCGAAAAUGGAGAGAUUGUCAGCACCGAGCAACGGGUCGUCAAAGACGUCCAAGCACCAGCCAUGUAUGUCCCCACCGACGACCAAUUCUUCUCCAAAACCGACAAGAGCAAACCCGAUAUCGCUUUCCUCAAGAACCACUUUUACCGAGAAGGAAGACUGACAGAAGAACAAGCACUCUACAUUCUCGAAAAGGGUGGAGAGAUCUUGCGAUCAGAACCCAAUCUACUCGAGGUCGAUGCCCCCAUCACUGUUUGUGGUGACAUUCACGGGCAAUAUUAUGACUUGAUGAAGCUGUUUGAAGUUGGAGGUAACCCAGCAGACACCCGAUAUCUGUUCUUGGGUGAUUAUUGUGUGCUCUACCUGUGGUCGCUCAAGAUGUGGUAUCCGGAUACCCUCUUCCUUCUCAGAGGCAACCACGAAUGUCGGCAUUUGACCGACUACUUUACCUUCAAGCUCGAGUGCAAACACAAGUACUCUGAGACGGUGUACAACGCCUGCAUGGAGAGCUUCUGCAACUUGCCGCUGGCGGCAGUUAUGAACAAGCAGUUCCUCUGUAUCCACGGUGGCUUGUCUCCAGAGCUCCACACUCUUGAUGAUCUGCGAUCAAUCAACAGGUUCCGCGAACCACCUACCCAAGGCCUCAUGUGUGAUAUCCUCUGGGCCGACCCGCUGGAAGACUUUGGUUCGGAAAAGACCAACGAAAACUUUUUGCACAACCACGUUAGAGGUUGUAGUUACUUUUUCACCUACAAUGCGGCAUGUCAGUUCCUAGAGAGGAACAAUUUGCUGUCUGUAAUCCGAGCCCACGAAGCUCAAGAUGCUGGUUAUCGAAUGUACCGAAAGACAAAAACAACAGGAUUCCCUUCAGUCAUGACCAUCUUUUCAGCACCAAACUACCUUGAUGUCUACUCCAACAAGGCUGCCGUGUUGAAGUAUGAGUCCAACGUCAUGAACAUCCGACAAUUCAACUGUACACCUCAUCCUUACUGGUUGCCCAACUUUAUGGACGUGUUUACUUGGAGUUUGCCGUUUGUGGGUGAAAAGAUCACGGACAUGUUGAUUGCCAUCCUCAACUGCUGCACCAAGGAGGAACUCGAGGAAGAAGAGGCCGAGCUGCCAAUCGCCGCUCCCGAGACCCAGGUCUUGGACCCCGAGUCUGCCGCCGAGCGUCGCCAGAUUAUCAAAAACAAGAUUCUCGCCGUUGGCCGAAUGUCGCGUGUGUUUUCGCUCUUGCGUGAAGAGUCUGAACGAGUCUCGGAACUCAAGAGCAUUUCCGGGUCCAGCACUCUCCCUGCCGGUAUGCUGGCGAGCGGUGCCGAGGGUAUCAAGGAGGCCAUCCAAGGCUUUGAGGAUGCGAGAAAGAGCGAUAUCGAGAAUGAAAGGCUGCCUCCCGACAUUGUCGACCCUGAUGAGGACAAUCCUGCCUCCGCUUCUCAAUCGCCCAGCAUGCCUGCCACGCCCGAAGAGCUCCCUGCCGGGUUCCGCGAUUCUCCCAUCAUCCCGCCAUCUACCCCCGUGCACAAGGUUGCGUCGCCCGGUGGCGCCGGUUCUCCGGGCACACCUGGGACCCCUACCUCUCCCCACAUGGACGUCUGGCGUCCCGGGCACGGCCGUCGUAUCAGUCUGGGCACGACCAAGACGUCGCCGUCGACGAGAAGAAGGAGUCUGGAGAACACGAUGCACCUUAUCCGGGACGUGGUCGGAGGAAAGGAUGCGGGGGGCGAUGGUCAGUUGGAGAGGGUCGCAGAGGUCAUCUCGAGCCCCAACAAGGAGAAGGGUGGAAAGUAG